AUGUCUCCCAUCCUCGCUCUUACGGGCCUGAUCGCGCUCGCUGCUGCCCAGCAGAUCGGCAGGACUCCUGAAAUCCACCCAAAGCUGCCGACCCAGCUUUGCACCACUCGCCAUGGUUGCGUGACCCAGCAGACAUCGGUUGUGUUAGACGCUCUUACCCAUGCAAUCGACAACGUCAAGACUGGUGCCUCCUGCCAGAACUCGACUGGAUUCCCAGACCAGACCAUCUGUCCCAAUGCUCAGGCUUGUGCCCGCAACUGUGCCAUCGAGGGUAUCGACAACUAUGCGCAGCAUGGUGUCACAGUCAGUGGCAACUCCAUGACGCUCCACCAGUAUUUGAACAUCAACGGGACCGAAACAAGCGUCUCUCCGCGCGUGUACCUGCUGGCUCCCGGAGGUCAGAACUACGACCUCUUAAAGCUGCUCAACCAAGAGUUCACCUUCACUGUGGACGUCAGCAACCUUCCCUGCGGCAUGAAUGGCGCACUUUAUCUCUCUGAGAUGUCUGCCACUGGUGGUCGCUCGACUCUGAACCCUGCUGGCGCUGCCUACGGUACUGGCUACUGUGAUGCUCAGUGCCCCAAGUCCGCCUGGAUCAAUGGCGUAGCCAACAUCAAUGACAACGGCGCCUGCUGCAACGAGAUGGAUAUCUGGGAGGCCAAUGAAGUGUCGACACAGUUUACCCCUCACGCCUGCAACAUCACUGGCUUGUAUGAGUGCUCUGGCGCUGCCUGCAGUAGCAAUGGUGUCUGUGACCAGAUUGGUUGCGGAUACAAUUCGUACGCUUAUGGCAAUAAGACCUUCUACGGUCUUGGAGACGUUGUGGACACCAAUCACUUCCGUACCGACGACAACACGGCCACCGGCACGCUUAGCAACAUCACCCGUCUCUACAUCCAGAAUAACAAAAUAAUCCAGAAUGCCGUCGUCCAAGUCGCCGGUAUGGGCGUCAACUCCAUCGAAGACUCUUUCUGUGAGGNNGUCGUAGCUUCGUCCUUCCAACAGCGUGGCGGACUUGCACAGAUGGGUAAGGCGAUCGGACGUGGUAUGGUGCUCGCCAUGUCCGUCUGGAACGAUCCUGGCGCUUUCAUGAACUGGUUGGACAGUGGUAAUGCUGGACCUUGCAAUGCUACUCAAGGAAACCCUGCUCUCGUUACCUUCAGCAACAUCAAGAUCGGAGAUAUUGGAUCGACGUACAGUGUUGGCCGUUGGUAA